AUGAGUGAAAACUCUGGCGUCCAGUUUAUGGGCGCCAGGACCAAGCGAACACAUCGCCAAAUGGCCAGUGAAAACGAUGGAAGUGGCGAUGCCGCUUGGGAGCAGCAUUUUCACCCCCGUCGCUCCGACCACGCUCGAUCUGAAUCUACCCGCUUGCCACCCAGAAGACAUCGAGAUGGGUUCGAUUACCGACGGCCAGCGAUACUAUCCCCUGGAAACAAUGUCGUUAUCGACUUGACAAAUGACCCAGACUCUCCUCCUUCACGAAAUGUGACAUCAUUUCCCGGUCCUCUACACACCCCACACCCGCACCGUCCGAGAUUACGAUUUCCACGAGAUUUGAUGAACCACACGACCCCUGCGACUGAUCGCCCGACAGUGAUUGAUCUGGAAGCGGAGACAAUGGGUGGAUCAGUAGAUUUUUCGCCGAACAAUGGAGAUGUUCAGAUUGUCGGCUCUUCUUCCGUCAGACCGAGACCAAUAGAACCCAGAUAUCUCGACAACAAUGGUAUUCCAAUGCACUUUCGUCCUCUCAUACAGCCUUCGAGAGUAUUGGAACUUGGGCGAGCUAGAAGAGGAAUGCCCGCAAGGUCGUACUUUCGUUCGGAGGAGGACCUACUUUCGCUCGUGUCUGACACUCUUCGUUAUGGAGUACCCGCCCUUGACUAUAAUCCACCUAGUCAGCCGGCACCCCAGUCUCGCCGAUCAUCAUAUAAAGGACUAAGCCCAGCGCCCGAAGGAUUUACUCGCCUCUUGGCAGAAGAUGACGUGCCUCUCUGCCCGAACUGCCAGGACGAGUUGGGAACCGGAGAAGGGCUGAAACAACAGAUUCACAUUGCAAAGCCGUGUGGCCAUGUGAGUAUUUUUCAUCUUGAGUUGAUGAAAACCAUCACCUAA